CUCGUGUGUUCUGAUCAUAUAAAAAGUACCUCUUCUUCGGAAGUUCCCAUUUCAUUGGUUACCACCGGACAUGCCUGAACACUAAAAUUAAAAAAAAUAUUUUAUUUUUUUUUUGGUAUUUGUAAUUUGUAAUUGGUUUUUCGAAAAUAUCUAAAAAAAAUUAGUGACAAUGAACUUUAAAGUGGAUUGUGUUGUGAUCGGCUGUUUGUUUUUGGUUAAUGCUGCUUUGGCAGUACCAUUGGUCGAAGAUGGGAAAGAACAUAUAAAUUCGGUACAUUCGGAUAAAUCUACAAUCGAAGAAUCGCUUUUUAAAAAACUCAACACGAAAUGUUCCAACCAAGACAUCAGUUCGUGCAUGAUGCUUAAGUUGGUGACGUACUUCAAUAGACUGAUGAAAAAAUCACACAUCGAAUUCGGAGAUGUGGAAAUUACGCAGACCUCAACCAAAACCGUCAACUUGGAAUCCUCCAGAAGCAUCAACGAUGUUGAAACAAUGACUGAGGAGGAACAAUUGUAUGAUGUUUUGGCUAAGAAGGCAUACGAUUUUGUGCAGACCAGAUCGUUGAAGUGGAAGGUGCUAGAUGGUGCUGACGUAGUCCUCUCAGGCAACUCCGACAAAGAUGGCAGUCUCAACUUGGGAUUAUCCUUGAAACCAAGUCCAGUAGGAGUGGAGGAAAGCCGUAAGAAGAAGAACAAGGGAGGCGGCGGCAUGGACGCUCUCAUGGCCGCGGCUGUAAUGAAGAUUGGUUUAUUGAAAGCUCUCGCCUUCAAAGCUUUAGUGUUGCUCGUAGGAAAGGCUUUACUAGUCAGCAAGCUCGCCUUGGUCUUAGCCGCCAUUAUCGGGCUCAAGAAACUCCUCAGCCAAGAGAAGCACGUCACCUACGAAGUAGUGGCCCACCCCAGCCACGAACACCACGAACAUCACGAACACGGCGGCGGUCACUCAGGAGGCGGUUUCGAUGCACAUGGUGGCGGCGGAUGGGGCAGAAACUUCGAUGCCCACGCUGCCCAGAACUUGGCCUACAGUGCUCACGUCCCACCCAACUAAAAAUGUGAUUUUCCUUCCGACCAGCUUGCACCAUAUUGGUGUCUCGUUCUGAAGUUUACCUAGCUAUUUAUGAUUUUAAUUUAAUAUUUAUUUGAAUUUUGUUAUCUGUUGAUAUUUGUUGCA